CCACUUAUUUCGGACCCUCUCCGACCUUCGCCCGAGAUCUCAUCUUAUCUCAAAACACUCCUCCAUCUCCAGAUUAAUCUACAACAGGUAUACUCACAACAUGGCCUUCCUCACGAAUCCAGAACCACAGCCAAAGCCAGACCAAGCCGAGCUCUCGUUCAUAUCGCUUAACCCCUCCGGCCGAACUACCCUCCUCUUAAUCCACGGCGCAUUCUCCAGCCCGAAAGACUGGAUCCCAUUAAUCGAGCAGCUUCUUCCGCCUCACUUGAUCACCAAUCCAGAUCCAACCUCUGCUGCACCCCGCGAAGACAGCAACGACGCCUCAGCUGGGAGCCAAGAAGCCUCUCCCCUUCUGAAUGACCACGGGGGAGAUGAAGAUGCUGACGCCUCGACCUCAUUGCUACCCUCAAACGCUGCCAUCAACUCUCACGCCGACUACUAUCACAUCCUCGUCCCUUCGCUCCCCCUCCACAGCACCUCGUCGCACAUCGGCCCGCUCACAAUCCCAUACACAACGGCCCUCCUCGCGUCGCUCGUCACCCAGCACGCCAAGAACGGACAGGCACACGUUAUCGGCCUGAGUCUGGGUGCGCACAUCGCCAGCGCGCUUGCCUCUUCGCAUCCCGAGUUAGUAUCCAGUCUCUUCGUGUCCGGGUUCAAUAUCUUCCCGCGAAAAGUAUUCACGCCGAUUCUGCCUGCGGCGCUGUUCGUUUUGCACGGGCUUGAGGCUUUGGUGAUGGCGCCGAGGGAGGAAGUGGGCACGUGGAAGAGGUGGGUCACGGGGGCGGAGAGUCCCGGGGUGAGAUAUAGGUCCUGUGAGGGGGUGAUUGGGAUGUUGUUUAGCGAUAGGGAGCUGGGGAGGAUUGAUGAGAGGAUUAAGGUUUUGGUGGUAGCUGCGACGCUGGAGCGGUGGGUGCCGAAGGAUCGGGUGGACGACGCGAGGAGGCUGUUUCAUGCGGCGGUUGGCGGGUCUGCGUCUGGUUCUGGCUCGAGGGUGGUGCAGCAUACGGGGUUGGGUCAUCCGUGGCCGGUGGACGAGCCGGAGCUGAUGGGUAAGGUGGUGAGGGCGUGGGUGGAGAAGGGGGAGGUAGUGGAGGGGUUUGAGGAUUUAUAA